AAGUGUCAAAAUCAUCAAUUCUGUGGGUCUGCAGUGGCAGAGUGGGACUAAAGAAGGCACAUCACGAGGUCAUGGCGGGACACACGGUCAGUGAUCCAUUCCGUGCUGCUGAUCCAGCCCACGUCGAUCCCCUGGUCAAAAUCUCACUGGUCAAGGCUCAUCCAAUGGACCGUCUGAGGAGAAGGAAGGACAGUGAGAGGCUUCUCCGGACUCUCAAGCACCUGAUCAAGAAGGAGCGAGUGAGCGGGGUGCAGCCGUCGUCCCUGACGACCAGGGCUGGUUGUCUGCCGGGCCUAGCUGGCUUAGACAGCCUGGCUCCGGCUGCCAAGCAGCUGGACCUGCAGGCGUCCCCCCUCCUGGGGCAGGGCUCGGCUGCGCCCCCCAGCUGGGACCUGCCGUCCACCGAGGCUGUGGAGGUAGAGCUGAGGGCGGCUGAGUCGCUAGGCCGGAGGACUCCCAGCUGCGAGGCCCCAGCCUUCCCCGAGGACGAAAUGAGCCUGGACCGUCUCCUGGACGUCCUGACCCAGCUCCAGUACCACACGCGCCAGGAGGAUGGAGUGUCCAUCUGCUCCCGGUUCCUGGAGGCCUGUUGCCCCGAUGGCGAGUGCUGCCCGUACCACCACACGGCCCUGCCCUAUCACUGGCAGAUGAGGAGGGUGGUGACUCAGCAGUGGGAGAGCGUUCAAGAAGAGGGCCAGGAGAUGCUGGAGAGACUCUACUGUGACCCUGACAAAGAGAAUGUCACCCUGCACUACAGGUGA